AGAAAAAAAAAAGGGAAAAGAUUUAGCAUGCGGAAGCGCAAUGUCCAUUGUCCACCCUUCCAGUUCUAGCCUGCCUUCUAGACCUCUACCCCUUCUUUCUUCUUCUUCUUCUUCUUCUCUCUAUUGUAAUUUGGUUUUCCAUUAAUGGACAGUGAUAAAUCAAAAUUCUAUUUCGGCCCUCCGAUCAAUCCCUCCUGUUCUUCCCUUCUCCUUCUCUUCAUCUUCCUCGCUAUCCUCACCUUCCAAAUCGCCACCAGAACUCCCCCUUUCCCCUUCUGGCUCCCACCCUCUGAUUUCCAACUCCCCACCUGCUCCGCCUUCUUCCGCCCAGAUGCUACGGCGGGGGUUGUCAUGUCGAUCACGGAUUUCGGAGGAGUAGGGGACGGAAAGACUUCCAACACGGAAGCGUUUCGGAAGGCCAUUCAGUACAUGCGGCGGUUCGGCGACAAAGGCGGGUCUAAACUGACCGUCCCUAAGGGCAGUUGGGUCACGGGCAGCUUUAAUCUCACCAGUAAUUUUACCCUCUUUCUCCAACGUGGCGCUCUUAUUUUAGCCUCCCAGGAUCCAGAUGAGUGGCCCAUUAUAGAGCCACUUCCUUCUUAUGGAAGAGGAAGAGAGAGAUUGGGAGGAAGACACAUCAGCCUUAUUCAUGGCAAUGCCCUUUCAAAUGUUGUAAUUACAGGAGAGAAUGGAACCAUUGAUGGGCAAGGCAAGAUGUGGUGGGAGCUUUGGUGGAAUAGAACAUUAAAUCACACAAGGGGCCAUCUUGUAGAGCUCAUCAACUCUCACAAUAUUCUCAUUUCCAAUCUCACCUUCAAAAAUUCCCCCUUUUGGACAAUUCAUCCUGUCUAUUGCAGCAAUGUUGUUAUCAAAGACAUGACGAUCUUGGCUCCGCUCAAUGCCCCGAACACAGAUGGUAUCGAUCCAGAUUCUAGUACCAAUGUUUGUAUCGAGGACUGUUAUAUCGAAAGCGGAGAUGAUCUAGUAGCAGUGAAGAGUGGUUGGGAUCAAUAUGGAAUCAACCUUGCACGCCCAAGCUCAAAUAUCGUCAUAAGGCGAGUUUCUGGCACCACCCCUACCUGUUCUGGUGUUGGAAUAGGAAGUGAGAUGUCAGGUGGAAUAUCAAACAUUACAAUUGAGGAUUUAAACGUCUGGGAUUCGGCAGCAGGCAUUCGAAUCAAAUCCGACCAAGGUAGAGGAGGAUACAUUGCAAAUGUUAGUAUAACUAACUUUGUAAUGAACAGAGUGAAAAUGGCUAUAAGGUUUAGCAGGGGCUCAAAUGACCAUCCUGAUGAACAAUUUGAUCCAAAGGCAGUUCCUAAAGUGAAGGGCAUUUUCAUUACCAAUCUCAUGAGCUUAAAUUCGACAAAGGCUCCGGUUCUUUACGGGAUUGCAGGCACAUCAUAUGACGGUGUAUGUAUGAAAAAUGUGACCAUUCUCGGUCUCACUCCCUCCGCAAAAUGGCAUUGUGCUUUUGUCUCGGGUUUUAGCACUUCAGUCUUUCCUACACCAUGUCCUCAGUUGCAGAACACCACAUUUUCGUCGUUGUGCUCGUCAUUUUAAAUGAUAUGAAGCCGUGCUUGGAGUAGUUGUGUGAUUCCUAGAUAGAGCGUUGCUAGCCUAGACAGACAUGAGUUAUACUGAUGAUCGGUGUAAGUUUUUUUAUAGAGAGAAAAGGGUCUGGUCUUAUUUAAGAAACCACACACAUAUUUUUUUUGUUGUUGCCUUUCUUGGUUUCUUAUGUUCAAAUGAAACCAAUUAUCAACAUUUUGGCAACUGACCCAACAAUAGGAUCUAUUGUACAAAGUGAGGGACGAUAUUUGUAUUAUUUUAACAUUUGAUCAUUAUUUUUAUUUAUUUACUUGGAAAUAAGAAGAAAGUGAGGUCCCAUUUGCUAUGGUAUCAA